CCACAACAAUCAAGUCAAAAGGCUAGUGGAUCUAAAACCCAAUAUUUCCACACUAUAAAACCAAUUACUGGACUACAGUUUCAUACCUUGUUUGAUUUCCCAUUUGCUUUCAAGAAAACCAGACAUGGGAUUUUCUUGGUUUCUGCUGCUCUUCAUCACCCUUUUCUUUCAGUUCAUCGAUCCAACUUUAUCAGCAAAUGGGAACUCAGAUUUGAUUCAGCAGACUUGCAAGAACACAAAGUACUAUGAUCUCUGUGUUUCCUCCUUGAAAUCUGACUCCUCCAGCCUCAAAGCAGACUCCAAACUAGGGUUGGCUCUCAUCAUGGUUAGGGUUGGAAUGGCCAACGCCACCGCCACAAACUCCUACAUUUCCUCCCAGAUUCUGAGUGUCAAGAACGACACGGCGCCGAUGAGGAAGGUGAUGAGGGAAUGUGCUGACAAGUAUGCCUUUGCGAAUGAUGCCCUCCAAAACUCUGUCCAAGAUUUGAGUUCUGAGUUGUAUGAUUACGCCUACAUGCAUGUGAUGGCUGCUGCAGAUUACCCGAAUGCAUGCCGGAAUGCUUUCAAGAGGUAUCCUGGACUCGUUUAUCCCCAAGAACUUGCUGUUAGGGAGGAGGGUUUGAAGCAUAUUUGUGAUGUUGUUUUGGGGAUUAUUGAUGCUCUUGGUUUUUGAUGCUGUCAUUGUAACUUUUAUGCUUUUUUUCACUGUUUUUGUGUGUGAGUAUGUGUGUGAAUUUGCAGUGUUGAAAUUUCUAGAUGUUUUGUGAUGUAGUGAUUUUUUGUUCAUAUUGUGGAUUAAAAUAAAAGUUUUGAUGUUGUCUUUAAA